AUUUUGCACCCAAAUACAAGCCAACCCUUUAACACCUUCAUGUUUUUCUAAGAAACUCUCUUCUUUGCUUCUUGCUAGAGAGAGAAAAGAAAAAAAAAAGAAUUUUAGGGGUUUGCUUUUUCUGACUAGUAACUAGUAGUAUUGCUAACUAUGUAUUCCAUUAAGGAUUUGCUGUGAAAAAGCCUGAUAUCAGUAAGCAUAAAACUCGGGAGAUCACUUAUACACCUUCCCCAAAAAGAGAGAGAUUUACUAUUAUUAAACAGAGUAAGUUAGCCUCGAUGGUUUCAUAGGCCAAAACAAAAUUAAGAGUCAAGAAUCAAAUAAUGGAGGGUGGUUCUACUGGAAAUACUAACACAUCUUGUUUAAUGAUGAUGGGCUACGGAGAUCACAACAACAACAACAGUACAAAUGGAAAUGCUCCUGCUCCUCCAAUGAUGAUGAUGAUGCCUCCUCCUACUUCUUCUUUAACUAACAACAACAAUGCAGAAACAAGCAACAACAAUAUCCUUUUUCUUCCUUUCAUGGACAAUAAUCCUCAUGAAGACGACAACUCUUCUUCCAUCAAGUCAAAGAUUAUGGCUCAUCCUCACUACCCUCGUCUCUUGUCUGCUUAUCUCAAUUGUCAAAAGAUAGGAGCUCCACCGGAAGUGGUGGCAAGGCUAGAGGAAAUAUGUGCCACGUCAGCAACAAUGGGCCGGAACAGUAGCAGUAGUAGUGGUGGUGGAAUUAUCGGAGAAGAUCCUGCACUUGAUCAGUUCAUGGAGGCUUAUUGUGAGAUGCUGACAAAAUAUGAACAAGAACUCUCAAAACCCUUUAAGGAAGCCAUGCUUUUUCUUUCAAGAAUUGAGUGCCAGUUCAAAUCUCUAACUCUUGCACCUCAUGAAUCUGUUGCAGCUCUUGGUGAGGCAAUGGAUAGAAAUGGAUCAUCUGAUGAGGAGGUUGACGUGAAUAACGGUUUCAUCGACCCUCAGGCUGAGGAUAGAGAACUCAAAGGUCAAUUGCUGCGCAAGUACAGCGGUUACUUGGGAAGCCUCAAGCAGGAGUUCAUGAAGAAGAGGAAGAAAGGGAAGCUGCCUAAGGAGGCAAGACAACAAUUAAUAGACUGGUGGACCAGACAUUACAAAUGGCCAUAUCCAUCGGAAUCCCAGAAGCUGGCACUAGCUGAAUCAACAGGAUUGGACCAGAAGCAAAUAAACAAUUGGUUUAUCAACCAAAGAAAGAGGCACUGGAAGCCAUCAGAAGAUAUGCAGUUUGUUGUGAUGGAUGCUGCCCAUCCACAUUACUAUAUGGAUAAUGUUCUUGCUAAUCACUUCCCAAUGGAUAUGACACCAUCUCUCCUCUGAAUUUAUAUUCUGGAGAUCCCCAAAUCCAACUUAAUUGAGAAAAUCAAAGUGAAAUUUCAUGAUUGUGUAAUAUUAUUAUCAAGGAUGUUUAAUUUGCAUAUUACUUGUAUGCAUGUAGUACUAGUUAUUGUGACAUGAUCAACUCUUAUUUAGACUAUUUUGUACUUAUAAUUGCUAGAACUAUUUCUAAUAUGAUGGUUACCUCUAUG